AUGACGCCAAAUGAGCCCAAAGCACAUGCCAAAACAUUUGAAGUACACCAGUCACUUACAUCUAUGCCUGGGUAUCAAAACAUCAGUCCAGAAGAGCUUUGUUUGAUGGACUACCAGCAGGGCCGCGGCAAGGGGACCGCUGGGCCGAAUCCAUCGUCAUUGGGGGCCAGCACCACAGCACCUACCACGACGCCUGCUUUUGGAUUUGGCUCGCAGUCUAGCAUGGGUACCAAUGCGUUCGGGCAGCCACAGGCGCAAACGACACCUGCGUUCGGACAGGCGUCGGGUACCGGUUUGUUUGGCCAGCAGAACAACAACCAGAUGGGCUCCACGUCUUUAUUCGGUGCUUCCAACACGGGUGGAUCAUCGGGACUGUUUGGUGCGAAUGCGAACAAGCCCAGUGCAUUUGGCUCCUCGACAUCGACGCCGCUAUUUGGACAAAACAAUCAGGCCUCUGGUACUGGCGGCGGUCUCUUUGGUAACUCAACCAUGACACAGCCGGCGACAGGUGGUGGGUUCAUGUUUGGCGCGAACAACAAUCAAGCAAGCACGCAGCCAUCGACAGGAUUCAGCUUCGGGACUGCGAAUAACCAAGCUCAGAACACGCAGCCCAAACCGCUCUUUGGUGGCUUUGGUUCCACUUCAACACCUCAGCAGCCAUCACAGCCAUCGACAGGCUUCUCGUUCGGCUCAACGUCUACAUCUCAGCCUGGCGCGACGAAUGCGUUUGGAACUGGCGGCGGCUUUUCAUUUGGCUCUGCGAAUGCCAAUAAUGCAAGCACGCAACCCAAGCCAGGUGGUGGCCUAUUUGGCUCAUCUGCUACGACGCAGCCAUCAACGACGUUCGGCUCUUUUGGAGCAGCUGGUAACAAUGCUGCGACCAGCGCACAGCAGAACAAGCCUGCGUUUUCUUUCGGUUCGUUCGGCUCCAACCCAAACAAUACUUCUUCGACGCAACCUUCAGCUACAACCGGCUUUGGUGCGCCUGCUUCGACGACUGGUGGCGGUGGUCUUUUCGGUGCCAAGCCGCCGACAUCCACCGGGACAGGUUUUAGUUUCGGCCAGCCGAAUGCCUCUGCACAGCAGCCGGGCACCACCGGUUUCGGCUCGGCGGCCACAAACACGGGCACUAGUGGCGGCAUCGGCGGUGGCCUCUUCGGUGCAAAGCCCGCCGGCACACUUCGACGCAACCGCCAGCAAUCACAGCCCUCAGGCGGUGGCCUGUUUGGUAGCAGUGCGCCGAAGCCAACAUUUUCCUUUGGCUCGGCUGGUUCAUCAGGCACUGGCCUAGGCACGGGCGCUGGUGCCGGCACCGGUACCGGCGCUGGAUCUGGCACUGGCUUCAGCUUCGGCUCUGGAUCUGGCGCAGGUACCGCUGGAUCUGCGCCUUCCACCACAGGUGGCGGCGCCGGCGGUGGUCUCUUUGGUCAGAGCCAGCCAGCACCGUCAUCGACAGGGCCAUCGCUCUUUGGACAAAGCCAGCCUGCUGUUCCGUCUGCUAAUACAGGCAGCAGUUUGUUCGGUGGAGCAAAGCCACUGGGUGCGUCUAUGCCGACUAUGACAGGUGCAUCCGCACAGCCAUUGCAGCCGCCAUCCCUCACGACUAACCCAUAUGGCACAGAUGCUCUUUUGGCAAAUGUCGCGGGGGCACCAGCGGCAAGUCAAUCGCCGUUGCCGUUCAAUGUGGCGCCGAAGAACAAGCCGCCUCUCGUAUCUCCGUUUCGCUCUUCGCCGCGCAAUGCUGUGCGUGUGACGCGUUUGCGUGGCUCAACACCUGGCCUUGAUAUGUCACGCAGCAUACGAGAAGGCACUCCAAGUGACCGCGCUACACCUGUGCGUGCAGGAAGUGUGGGCUUGUUCCGUCAGCCCAGUGACGCUGUGGCGCUGUCGCCUCAGGCGUUUAUUCCUCGGUCAACCUCCAAGCGACUCGUCCUCGAUGGCGAUACGAGCUUGUCCCGCUCGCCCAGUAUGUUGCGAGAAGGCACGCCACGUGCUUCGGUACCGCCACGGGCUCGAUUCUCACCUGCUGUUGAGAAAGUGCUCAGUGGUAGUGGAGGCGCUUUUGGAGGCGACUCGAUCGCCGGCGGUGCCGGCACCGGCAAUACCAGCAGCCUUAGCGGAACAGGUGCCGAGGCGGACUCGUCGCUUGUGCUGCCAGUGCGUGAACCGUCAUAUACGGCAUCGCCGGCGCCCAGGGGUAAGAGCGCACGACCGUUGCAACACGGCGACUAUUACACGGAGCCGUCGCUACCGGCGUUGCGUAGCAUGCGAUUUGACGACUUGUCUCAUGUGGAGCACUUCGUCGUAGGCCGCAUUGGUUUUGGGCGUCUGGCAUUCCUCAAGCACGUCGAUCUCACAACCGUGCCGAAUCUCAGCUUCAUUGCCGGAGGCGUCGUCCAGCUUCGUAUGAAAGAGUGUUUCGUGUACCCACAAGAAGAGGACUUGGAGUCUGAUGUACCCCUAGAUGGUCUUUUGCCGAACUAUGUGCCAGUGCCGAAAGCACCUCUGGGUACAGGUUUGAACGUGCCGGCCCGCGUAAGUUUGGAGGGAUGCUGGCCCGUUGACCGAGCAACUCGCGAGCCAUUGCGUGACGAGUCGCACCCACGGGUCAAGCAGCACAUCAACAAGCUGCGGAACAAGAAGGAAACGGACUUUGUGUCGUAUGACGCACUGUCUGGCACAUGGACGUUUGAAGUGCAGCACUUCUCGCGCUAUGGCUUGGACGAGUCGGAUGAAGACGACGAUGACGCUGACGUCGAUAUGCCCGCACACACGCGUGUUGACAUGCGCGAUGCAGACAAUGUGGACGACGAGGAUGAGCCGCCGCCCAUGAAGCUUGGCGAGGAAAGUGAUGACAGCGGCUCUAGCGCGAUGCGGGAGAGCGAGCUCAUGAGCGGUGAUGAGGAUGAGGAUGAGCAGCCUAUGACAGACUACGAUGUAUGGGUUCCGACGAUCCGCGAUGAGCCUGUUCCUGCACUGGCACGGCGCUCCAUGACCCCUGCCGCUGCCUCGCGGCUCACCCCCGGCGCGCCAGAAGCACGGAAAGUCCAAGUGAUGCGGGCGAGUUUUUUUGGGCAGGCGCCUCCGACGUCAGGACCUGUCGGGGGCGUAAAGCUUAGUGGUCCCUCGGCCCAGCUGCCAUUGCGCCACACGUCGCAGUUGAUGCAGGGUCGCACCAGCGCGAACGUUAGCAACGACGAUGUCGUCAACGCGGAUGUCGACGAGGCACAAGAACCUGUUGCAGCAGCAGCAGCAGCCGUCACUGACGCCGGCCCUGCCGACGUCACUGACAUGCCUCCGAUAGAAGAGCCACCGGUGCACGACCGCGUGCCGGUCGCGCGUGUCGAGUCGAGCCUGUCGGCCCUUGACACGUCGCUGUGCGCCGACCCAGGCCUGUUUUUAUCACGGAGCUUCCGAAUCGGCUGGGCAUGCAGGGGUGCAGUGCUGGCGCACAACGGGACACUGCACGGACUUGCAUGCCCCGGCUGGACGCAGGUGUAUCUGGAUCGCAUGCGCGUUUACAAGAACGAAGCAGAACAAGCUGCCUCACUCAGCACAGCACGCAAGCUGCUUGAACUGCAACUUGCCAGCACACACAUUGAGCCGUCGAAGGAAGGAGGCAGCAUUCCACGCGUUUCAUUUCAACCAAACACGACGUGCGCAAGCAUUGCAAAACACUAUGCACCGGAUGACAAGCAAUAUGCAGCCCAGCUCUGGCACCUUGCGAGCGUGCUCUUUGACCCCGUCGACUUGAAACUCUCCAACGAUGCUUCUGACGCCUGGCAUGAGCACGUUUUACAGCGCAGACGCAAGACAGCAUUUUCUUCCUGGCUCGAGCGUGUUGUAUCUGCACCCGUGCAGGCAGACGUACGUGCGCACAUCGCGGCAUCGCGCCAGACGGACCUGGUCUUUGCACUCCUAACCGGUCACCAGGUAGAACAUGCGGCGGAGGCUGCGCUGGAGGCGGGGCAUGUGCGCCUCGCAACCCUGGUGGCUCAGGCCGGUGGAUCCUUGGACGUGCGUGCCGACAUUCAGGAGCAGCUCGAUACCUGGCAUGCCGAAGGCGUCGAUGCCGACAUCGAUCACGCCAUGCUCCGCGUUUACGCCCUACUGGCUGGCCAGGUCGUGAGUGCCCAGGUGUCUGGCGCACGUGCACGAGACGCACGCACCAUUGCGAUGGCACGUGGCCUGGACUGGCGCCGUGCUCUAGGACUGCAUGUGUGGUACGGCACGCCGUGGGAGUCGCCGCUGGAGGCGAGUGUGCGGAGCUAUGAGGCGGCAGUGCAUGCACCUAGCGAGACAGUACCACCUCUGCCGACGUACCAGGCAGAAGCACAGCUAGGUGCGCUGAAGCAGCGCGAGUUGAUCCAACAGGCCGGCGCUCCUCGCGAUGCACUUUUUGAGCUCCUCAAGCUGCAUGUCGAUGCGACAUAUCCGCUGGAGCAUGCACUGGAUGCACGCAACUUUGGCAAAAGCGCUUUGGAUCACACCCUUCCAUGGCAUGUGUGCAUGUAUUUGUCUCGCGCAUUGCGUGUUCGUUCGUGCAUGGACCCCCACGUCGAGGACCGACUCACGUCUCUGUAUGCGGCACAGCUCGAAGAGACUGGCGAAUGGCACUGGGCCGUGUUUGUGCUUUUGCACCUUAUGCACGACCAGGUCCGUGCGCAAGCAGUGCAGGCACUGCUGGCGAGACAUGUUGAUGUCCUGGAUGCGCACUCUGCCUUUCUUACAACGACUCUGCAUGUUGACGAAACUUGGCUAUGGCAGGCCCGCGCUCUUGCAGCGCAUGCGCGCAGUGACUACUUCGCUGAAUACGAAUGCCGACGCCAUGCUCGUGACCUGUCUGGCGCACAUGCCGUGGCGGUGCGGCAUCUCGCGGCGGAAUCGUUCUUGCGCGGUGAUACACAGCUGCUGGUGGACCUCUUCCGCCCCAUUGCCGACGAGGCAGAGGCCAGCUCAGCCGUGCCAAUCAAGGGUUGGAAUGAGGGCGGGCGCGUCCUGCUAGACUAUGCGACGCUCCCGCAGAUCUUGCCACCCCUUCUGGCCAAGGCACAUACCGGGUCACUGGAAGCGUCCGAGCGGCACGCAUUGCAGCAGGCCACUGUGCGAACGCAUGAGCUUAUGGAUCGCGUGCCGCUCUUGUACGCAGACACGACAGAUCUUAUGAGCACCGUUGCGCGCUCGGAAAUGCUCGCAGUACUGCAAAACUUCUCACGGCUUCUUGCUAGCGAGGCUGGCGCUCCGGAACCUGUCCGGCACUGGACGGCUGCGAAUCCGCCUGAAGUUGAGCAGCUGCAGGCGGCCGCACGCGACUUUACCUCGUCCAUGCUCGCAUGUCUGUGA